UUCAUUAUCCUCAUAUAUAUUUAGAUUCUUUCUUUCCUCUUCAUUUGGUGGAUAUACUUUUUGUAUAUUUUUUAUUAGUAUUUUUUCACUCCUUUCUAACUCUUUUGCUUCUAUUGGUCUGAUUUCUUUAUUUUUAUUUUUUGUCGUUUUGUUUUUCCACCUUAAUGCUAAAGCUAGCACUCUUUUUGUUUUUAUCCAUGAUGAGCUUCUUGUUGUGUCUAUUUCUUCAAUUUUUUCUUCUAUUAUUGUCAUUAAUGUUAUUUCUGUUGGUUUGAUUUUUCUUUCAUGUUCUUUCGUAUUGUAAUAUGUUUUUGUUUCUGGCCAUUCUUCUUUCUCCUUUUUGAGCCAACUUGGGCCUUCAAGCCAGUUUGUAUUUUGUAUUUCAUUCAUCGAAGUUCCUCUUGUAGCAAUGUCUGCCGGGUUUUCUUCACCUUUUAUAUGUUUCACGUUGUAAUUUCUAAUUAUUUUUGCUCUAUUUUCAAUGAAUGUUUCUAGCCUUUUCUCUGAUUUGAGCCAUUCUAUCACGUCUAUUGCAUCUGUCCAAAGUUGGACUUCUUCUAACUCUAAAUCAAUUUCUUUUUCUAAGUAUUUUGCUAUUUUUGUUGCGAUUUUUAGUGCUUGGAGUUCUAGCUUUGGGAUUGUCUUAUGUUUAUUUGGGACGCUCUUUGGGACUAUUAAGCUUUUUGCGA